AUGCGAGGUGUGAUGACACCAUUAAUCAAUAGAAAUACAACAAUCCCUACAUCAGUUUCAAAGGAAUUUACCACAUCAAUGGAUAAUCAACAAGAAGUAGAUAUUAAAGUGUUUCAAGGAGAACGUAGAGUUACAAGAAAGAAUAAAAAGUUAGGAGAAUUUAAAUUGGUUGGAAUUCCACCAGCAAAGAAGGGAGUAGCAAAAAUUGAAGUUACAUUUGACAUUGAUGUCAAUGGAAUAGUAAAAGUCUCUGCACUUGACAAAGAAACAGGAAAGAAAACAGGGAUUCAAGUCAAAAGUAAUGGUGGAUUGAAUGAAGAAGAAAUCAAUCGACUAGUUAAGGAAGGAGAAGAACAUGCUGCCGAAGACAAGAGAAAAGAGCAAUUACUUCUUCACAGACAACGAUUAAAAGAAAUGAUAGAGAGUGCAGAAGACAUUCAAAAAGAGUUAUUAAAGAAAAAGAUUGAAACACGUGAAUUAGAAAGAGUUAUUAAUCAAUCCAAAAAGGUUAUCACAUCAGAAGAUGAAAAUGAAAUUAAAAGAUUGAUUGAACAAUUAGGAGAAGAAACAUCAAAUUCUUCUGCUAAAUUAUAUAAUUAA